UAAUUUUGCCACAACGUGAGUGCUUGCGAUCGAUUCUGACCACUGCGAAUAUGACAACCUACACAGACAAAGGAGCGAAGCCGGAUGUCGGCCGAUUCGUCGCAUUUGACCACAUCUCUCUUUGGGUCGGCAAUGCGCUGCAAGCUGCUACUUUUUACUGUGUGCGAAUGGGUUUUGAACCCUACGCCUACAGAGGCCUGCAAACUGGAAGCCGGCAAGUCUGUACCCAUGUGGUCAAGCAAGGAAAGAUCAUCUUUGCUCUUCAUUCACCAUUGAAUCCUACAGGGGACACUACCGAAGAAAUGGGAGAACACAUGAAACUACACGGGGAUGGUGUAAAGGACAUUGCUUUUGAAGUAGAAGAUUUGCACGGUAUUGUUGAGACUGCUGUUAAGAGAGGGGCUAUUGUGUUGAGACAACCUUGGGAAGAAUCAGAUGAAAAUGGGACAGUCACAUUUGCUCAGAUACAGACAUAUGGAGAGACCAUUCAUACGUUUCUUGAAAGGAAAGGAUAUUCUGGACUCUUUUUACCAGGAUACAAGAAACCACUCUAUUCAGAUCCUCUCCUUGCCUCACUGCCAGCAGCAAAGUUGGCAUUCAUUGAUCACAUAGUUGGAAAUCAGCCAGACAAUGAGAUGGUCAGCAUAGCAGACUGGUAUGAGAAGAAUCUGAUGUUCCACCGGUUCUGGUCUGUUGAUGACUCACAGAUCCACACCCAGUAUAGCGCCCUCAGGUCAAUCGUGGUGACCAAUUAUGAGGAGACUAUUAAGAUGCCCAUCAAUGAACCAGCUGAUGGAAAGAGAAAGAGCCAAAUCCAGGAAUACGUUGAUUACUAUGGUACAGCGGGUGUACAGCACGUUGCCCUGAACACACCAAACAUUAUUGAUACCAUCAGCGCCCUCAAGGCUAGAGGAAUGCAGUUCCUAUCCAUCCCUGACAGCUACUACAAAAACCUGAGGGAAAGACUGAAGACAUCCAAAGUCAAAGUUACAGAAGAUCUUGAUGAGAUUCAGAAGCUCCAGAUCUUGAUUGAUUUUGAUGACAAUGGUUACCUGCUGCAGAUCUUCACCAAACCAGUCCAAGAUCGACCAACGCUCUUCCUGGAGGCCAUCCAACGAAAGAACCAUCAGGGAUUCGGUGCCGGAAACUUCAAAUCGUUGUUCGAGGCCAUAGAAAUGGACCAAGAGGAGAGAGGAAAUUUGCAUAAAUAAAUAGCGCCACCAAUGUAUUCUACGAGAGACUACUCUUCUGUAUCAUUCUCAGAAGCUGACAUGUUGGAGGACAAACAAUAAACAGUUGUUCAUUAAAGUGUGAUGAAUCAUAGUUGUUAAUGGUCUAAUGCACAGGUUUCCUAUUGUUAUACCUAUCACUUUGACAUCUUAGAACGCUUUAUAUUUGUUUUGCCUUUACAAGUAAAUUCUUGAUCAAUGGCUGUCUUCUCUAACAAGAGCCUGUUUACCAAUUCACCCAUAAAUGUGUCUAUCAUUAUUAUUUCAAUGCUAAAGUGAUUAAAUGAACCUCCUAAUGUGCAUAUCAAUGUAAUCAGUGAUUAUUUAUUUGCAAUCACUUAUAUUAUUCAUAAAGCCUGUAUUCCACCAGUCAGUUAUAUGAUAUGCCUUUGCUCUGGAUAUCAUUUUUGUGUAUUUUUUCAUGUGCAAAUAAUAUUUUAUUGAUAUUACUUUAUGGAGGCUGACUGUUCAAAUAUUCUUAUUUUUGUUGCAAACAUUUCUCCUCUCAUCAUUGAGAAGAUCGAUUGUAAAUCAUGCUGAUUGCAAAAAGGAGUAUGUAUAUUUUGGUGAAAAUGUAUUAUGGUUCAAGUUCAAGAAUGCUACUGUAUCAUGCAUGGAUAAUACAUGUAGCAAUUAUGUUGAGGAUGAUUUCUCACAAAAAGACAUGAAUAUAAUAUGGAAAUCUAAUUUAGUAGUGAUGGGUUGAUAAAGUCUCUUGUAGUUCCAAAUAAAAGUGUUUUUUUGUAGUUUUCUGUGUAUAGAAAGCAAAGACUUUGUCUAAACUGAGAGCGUGAUGACUAAAUAAUAUUAACAGAAGAGAAGAAAAUUAUAUGCAAUUGAAGUCUUAAUAAAGUCAUUAAAUUAUUUGUGAUUCGUAUUUCUUCAAUGAUCUUUGAUACACGUGUCCUUAACUUCUUCAUAGAUUCAUAUUUAAGAUUUUAAAAGAGGUAACAGUAUGGAAUGAAUCAAUCAAUCCUUAAUCGAUUUCAGUAUUACUUCUUCUUGGUAACAUUUGUGUUAUGUUUAACUCUCAUCAAACCUUAUCAUUUAAAGAUCCCUAACAGUUCAGAAACUUGAGUGAUUCACGCUAGACUAGGAGGAAAGGGAAGAUUCUGAAUACAUUCAUUCUGACUUCUGCUCAUUUAGUUUCUAAUUUGCCUUGCCCAUGUUUUUAGCAUUAAUACAAUUUGUAGUACUGACAAUCAAAUUCUCACUGGAAAUUAUUUGAGUGGCGAUAUGAAAUGCUUUUCUUUUUCUAGAGUAGUUGCACAUAAUUUGUUUUUCUUUUGCUCUUAUUUUAGUGUGUGCAAAUGUGUCUUCAUCUGCAUUUACUUGCUGAUAUGUUUGUAAUGUAUCUAUUCAGAGCAAUAUGAUUGUAUAAAGUGCAUUUAUGUAUACUAUGAAUAUUGCAUAUUCAUUGAGAUGGAUUUCUGAAAUACAUGGAUCCUUAAAAUAUGUUGGAUUGUUUUAUGAAAAAGUGUACAGUAUAUUAUAUUUUUGACCCGAGUGAGAUAGCCCUUGUGCAGCUUCAUUAAAUGAAUCAGAAAUAA